GGUCGGGUUGGGGGAGGAGAUGCUGUCAGCUCCGGGUCCAGUCUCAGGGACAGGUUCCGGGCUCCGAGGAGGCUGCGGGGGGACGGAGUGCGGGGAGUCCCCGGACUCUGAGGACGUGAUACCGGGACACCGGAAGGGGGACGGACAACCUGUAAAAGCCGAGGUUUCCGUCUCCGGUGAGCUCCAGAUAAACGGCCGCCCCGGCGGGGGUCGAAGGGCGGAUACGACCCUUGGCCAGCCGGCGGAGGGGGUUGCGCGCCGCGGGGCUGGCGAGGAGGUGAACGUUGCCAACGGCGGGUUGCACCUCGUCUGUACGCCACGUGACGUGCACGAGUCGCAGCACUCUGAGAACAAUACCACGCUCCCCGACGAGCCCGAGCCCCCACCACAGGGGACGGGUGUCAGAACAUCAGGCGCCGGCCAGGGUCACGACCCCGGGGGUCUCCCUCCCGCCCAGGACUUGACCGUCCCGGAACAAGGACCCCCUCUCCAAGUCCUGCGCCCGGAAACUCCCUCUGACGCUACCAAUCCCCCCUCCUCCAGCCCCCCCUCCCCUGACCUCCCCUCGGCCAACCCCGCAUCGGCCAGACCCCCCUCAACUGGUCCCAGCCCCCCCUCCCCUGACCCCAGUUUGGCGGCGAGGCCGCAGACCCUGAGGACCCGAGGGAGCACCGCGGUGUCUCUGAGCUGCGACGCCACGCCUCUCUCUCCGGAGGAGGGGGCGGGGCUGUACUUGGAGGGGGCGGGGCGGCGGCAGAGCGCCCCGGACCCCUUCCCAGACCCCCCCGAGUCCGGCCCUCCCUCCCCAACCAAGAGAACCACCAUCGCAGAGUUCUUCACCAGAAGUUUGUUUUCCAGGAAAUCCAAAGAGCCCGUGGUGCCUACCCAGAAUGCACCAGGCUGGCGUCUGUUUGGGAAGGCGGUCCCGGAGAGCGAUGGAGGCCAGCAGCUCCCCCUGCCUCCCGGGAGGAGGAAGCCGCUGGAGUUCGAACCCCAGUCCACCACCGCCCUGAUCCUGGAGCAGCGUCCUGGGAACCUCCCUGCUAAGAGUGAGGAGGAGGCGCAGAGACACCAGCAGGAGUACCAGGAGAUGGUGGCAGGAGCACGGCGGAGAGAGGUGAAGGAGGCUCAGAGGAGGAAGAGGAAGUUGAAGGAGCGCCACAGACGGGAGGAGAGCAUCUCUCACGCCAUCAACACCUGGACCGCCCACAUCCUGCCGCGCUGGGACCAGAUGAAGUGCACGCGGCGUGUGCGGGAGCUGUGGUGGCACGGCCUUCCUCCCAGUGUCAGAGGAAGAGUCUGGAGCCUGGCCAUCGGGAACGACCUCAACAUCACCCCAGAACUCUACGAUAUCUUCCUCUGCAGGGUGAAGGACAGGUGGAGGUGUUCCAGUGAGACCAGCUCCGUCAACGACAGCGAGAGCGACGGGGGGGCGUCGCUGGCCGACAGGGAGUCCAGUCUGGACCUGAUCAAACUGGAUAUCUCCAGAACCUUCCCCUCGCUCUUCAUCUUCCAGAAGGGCGGGCCCUACCACGAGGUGCUCCACAGUCUCCUGGGAGCGUACACCUGCUACCGGCCGGACAUCGGCUACGUCCAGGGCAUGUCGUUCAUGGCUGCCGUGCUGCUGCUGAAUCUGGAGGAGGGCCAGGCCUUCAUCACCUUCACCAACCUGCUCAACAAACCCUGUCAGGUCACCUUCUUCAGGGUGGACCACCAGCUGAUGUUGAAGUAUUUCGCAGCCUUUGAGGUUUUCUUCGAGGAGAAUCUUCCUCGACUCUUCAGACACUUCCUCGCCAACAGCCUGACCCCUGACCUCUACCUGAUAGACUGGAUCUUCACGCUGUACAGCAAGGCGCUGCCCCUGGACGUGGCGUGCCGCGUGUGGGACGUGUUCUGCCGGGACGGGGAGGAGAGCCUGUUCCGCACGGCGCUGGGGCUGCUGCGGCUCUACCAGGACGUCCUGCUGCAGAUGGACUUCAUCCACAUGGCCCAGUUCCUCACCCGCCUCCCCCCCGACCUCCCCCCCCAUCUGCUCUUCAGCUCCAUGGCCAGCACCCCCAUGGUCUGCAGCGCUGGCCGCUGGGCGCAGGUGUUUUCUUCAUUGAUGAAGGACGGCUACAAAGAACCAGAGAAGAACGGCAGCCCAGCCCUCCGGAGCUAACCCUAGCCCACUGAGGAGCUAACCCUAGCCCACUGAGGAGCUAACCCUAGCUCACUGAGGAGCUAACCCUAGCUCGCUGAGGAGCUAACCCUAGCUCACUGAGGAGCUAACCCUAGCUCACUGAGGAGCUAACCCUAGCUCACUUAGGGGCUAACCCUGGCUCACUGAGGAGCUGGCGCUAAUAAGCUAACACUAACUUUAUAGCGGCCAUGGUUCUCAAACUAAUGUCCAAGUUCAUGCGAACUGCGAACUGAAAAGUACUCACUAGCUACCUAUGCUAUUGAUGCUCGCUAUGAAGCGAGCAUCAAUAGCUUUAGGUGGAUGCUAUCUGAUUUUAGGGCUAAUAUGGAUUGAAAAGAAGUGCGGGAGUAGACUCUCCAGGUCUCCAGCAGAGCCAGGGGCCCCCGCCCAGACCGGCUCUCCCCUACAGAACGGACCAGGGGCCCAGAGCGGCUCCCACUACCGAAUGGACCAGGGGCCGGCUGGUUGGACUUGAUGGAUCUCCUUGUGGCUGCUGCAUGCUAGACCAUCCAACAGUAUUCAUUAGUAGACCUCAGCAUUUCUUAAGUUAGAUUUAUAUCGUAUAACAUAAAUAUCUUGAGGAAAAGUAUUGAUAACAAUGCUUGAACUAAGACCAGAGCAGAAGAACAAAUUGUCUUCUUUGGCUGACACCUGCAGCCGAAUGAACCAGCAGAGAACAAUGAUCGAUCUCUAGGUGUUUGACCUCUAGGUGUUUGACCUCUAGGUGUUUGACCUCUACGUGUUUGACCUCUUGAGGUUUGACCUCUAGAAGUUGUACCAUCGAUCAGGUCUCUCCAUAGUCUGGCUAUUGCCAGACCAAGAUCAAUCGUAGAUUGCACGUUGGUCAGGGGAAGCUGCUGUCAUUUUCUUCAGCACAAAAGGCGUGAUCAAUGGGCCUAGUUCAUAUGACUCUGUACGUGAUUGGCUGCUUUCCGUCGCUUCCUUGUCGUCAUUUUGGUAAACCAGCCAAUAGCGUGCCAAGGGGAAAAGCCAUCUUGGUGAUUGACUCCCGCAAAAAUGUAUCGGAAGCAGAAAGAAAUGUAUUGCUCUUCUCCAGACCCUUGUGCAGGGCGAGAUCAAAUUGCCGGCAGAAUGGGCGGGUCUACCCAGUCUAGUCUCUCCAUGUUGGGCUGAGGCGAAAGUGUCCUUGUUGGUCCCAUGUCCAGACUCCGAGGGUGAAGUCCUGAAGGACUGCGGUCAGAGGUCAGGUCUUGAAAAUGUUCCAGACUUGUAUGUUCAGGCGCACAUCUAUACCACUCCAUACAACUUGAAGCUAAAGGCACCUUAUCCAGCUCUAAGCAGCCUAUCAGCCCCCCCAUUCAUUACCCCCCCCCCCCCCCAAACAAACAAACAAACAAACAAACAAACAAACAAACAGAAAAUGUCUGUACAGGCCGUGUAUCAAACACUACACCUGAGAGUUAAUUUCCAUGGUAGUCCUAGCCAGCUCUGCUAUCAUGCGUACCUAUUGUGUGUUAGCUAGCCACCUGUGUGAUGGCUAGCCUGUUAUCUGUUUGUUAGUAGAUAUUUGACUGUAGAUAGCUAGCUUUACAUUGCUAGCUGAAGUAGGCUAUAUGUUAGCUAGCUUACGGUGCGUGUCUUGCUCGUCCCAUUUGUUGAGACUUUAUGGGUACGGGUCGUACCAUUGUUGAGACGUUAGGGGAAAUGGUCGUACCAUUGUUGAGACGUUAUGGGUACGGGUCGUACCAUUGUUGAGACUGGAAUAAAAUACUUCUCACUCCUGAGCUAAAGGAAGAAUAAGAUACUUGUUUUUUUCCAGUAUAUUAACUGUAUUGCUUUAAUGACUGAGUUUGCUAUAAUGAAUCACAUUUAUACUUUAAGAUUGAAGACUUUAAGUUGACUUCUUGUGUGCUUGUACAGUUUUCACUCAGGCGAGUUAAAGAAUUCAGCGAUGACUUCAACUUGUAAAUAAAUUCUUCCUCAAGACCUCUUCAUCUUUUUUAUCUCGUCUCUUGAGUCCUAGUCAUUUAAUUCCUUUAUUUGAUUGCUUCU